AUGGAGUCUUCUUCAUCUUCUUCUUCUUCUUUCAAGGUUUCUGAUGAGAUGUCAAAACCCUACGAAGAAGCUAAAGAUCUCGUCGCUAAUGGAAACCACAUCAAGGCGUUGGAGAUACUUGAAGAUUUGAUUUUUGUCCAUAAGCAAGCCAAGGACUCAAUUGCUCUUCAUCACGAUCAAGGUCACAUAUUCGCAGCUCUAGCGAAAAGAGCAGAGAACCCUAACUUGUCGUUCGCAUAUAGGUUGGGUUCCGUGGAAUGCUUUGAAAACUCUGGGAUGUCACCACUCUCUGCAUGUUCUCUCUACUCUUUAGCCCAACAGCUUGGGUCAGUGAUGUAUGCCAAGAAAUGCCUGAGCAAAGCGAGAGAAGGUAUAAAAUUUGGUAGCAACUCGGAUUUGAAAAAAAUGGAGGACAAGGAUAAAGGAAUGAUGACUUUAAUAGGUAAAGCAGAGUUCAUCAUCGCUGAGUCCAAGGCUUCUUCUACAAAGAAGUGCGAGCUAAUAACUGAUUUGGAGUCAAAGAAGAGUCCAGAGCCGCCGCUUAAGCAUGAGUAUAAAGGACUGAGGUCGUAUUGGUUAGGUUUGGAUGUUAAGAUCAAAAGGGACUUUAUGAAAGUAAGCGUAGCAAAUCUUUUACGUUUUGUCGAGGGAUUAGAACAUUACAAAACGGAGGGACGAGAUGCUUUGGAGCAAAUUCUCGUUUCUGCAAGGGAAGACAGUAACUGGAAUUUCUGGAUGUGUAGAAGUAAAUGUUCCAAGAAGUUCUCUAGUGCUGAAGAAUGUAAGAAUCAUCUUGAGCAAGAACAUGCUGCUGAUUUUAAAAUUUCUUCAGAAAAGUCGGUCAAGAGGAUAGGAAAAGACUGGGCUCGUAAGAUAUCAGUUGGAAGUUGGGAACCAGUAGACGCAGUAGCUGCCGUUGAGAUGAUCAAGAACCGGCUCGCAGAUGGGAAAGCGUUUGCAUCUAAGAAUGGCUGGUCCAAAGAAUGGCCUAUAGCUGUGGAUGAAGAGCGGAGUAAGUUACUCAAGGAAAUCAAAUUGCUCCUUGUCUCGUUUUGGGACAAGAAAAUUCUCUCCGGUAGCCUUCGUGACUGGAUGAUGCGUUUUCCGGUUAAGCAUCUAGUGAAACUUGAAGUUUCCCAACAGAGUAUUGUUGAUUUGCGUUUAGUAGAAACACCUCAGAGUAUCUGUUUUCUAGAAAGUCAUGAGCUCAGUCAAAUCCUAGACUUCCUAAACAACAUCAAGUGUGAAAGGAAUGAUGGUACAGAUGCAAUUUGCAGAGCAGUGGACAUGUUGUUCUUGUGUGCAGUACGAGAUGUCCUGGAAGGAGCAUUGCAUCCGACGUUUGAUUCCCCUGAUAUAGAAGAUUGCUUGAAUCUUAUACGUGAGCGUAAAACUCUCAGUGACAAUCAAGUGUUGAAGUCCAGAGGCCUUCUCAAAUCAGUGGUCACCCAAAAGAUUCUUCUAAUGGAAUCAAAAAUUUUGCUGAUUGAUAAUUCAAGGAUUAGAUUGCUAAACAGCCUCACAAGGCUUUCUGCUUUUGACAACCGCACUUAUAUCCUUCAACUCCUGAAACCUUUCUUGCUGAAUGAAAUUGUGAAUAUGGAGUCCAAAGCCAAGACAGAUGCAGCAGAUGCAGCAGAAGCAGAUCUUUUAAGCGAGGUGGAGAAGAAGAAGCCACAACCAAAGAAGAUGAAUAAUAAAAACAAAAAGAAAACUUCAACUAGCAUGCCUAGUCCCCUUGAGAAGACUGUUGAACGUAAAAAUUCUCUCAAUCUUGAACCGGAGAGUACAUCUGCGUCACUAAGAACGGUUGAAGAAGAUUGUAUUGAACCAGAAAAUACUCCUGCAAGUGAGAUGGGUCAAUUGGAAAUUUCAUCCGAAUCUGAAAUUCAAGUGGAAUCUACUAAAGAAGACCCUGAUAUGCACAACAGGCCUGGAGAAGAAGAUUCACAGUCAGCCCCUGGAGAAAGUGCAGCUAGAUAUAAUUCAGUUCAUGACAUGACACUGAAGUCCCUCUUGAACAUUAAGGUUCUCAAAGAAGAUUUGAUGAACCAACCAUUGCACGACCACCUGGAAGAACAAGUUCCUCUUUCACUACGAAAUUUAUUUGCUGCUUUUGUUUCAGAAGAAAUAAAACAUGAGGGAGUCUACAGUUACCUCUUGAGCGACUUACAUGCUUCCCAAGAAGAAGUUAUUUCUAUGUCGAGUGAUGCUGCUAAGGUAGUUGUAGCCAUCCUUGAUUUUUGGCGUUGCUGGAAAAAUCCAGAAAGAGAAAGCUUGGUAACUCGCCUUUUUACGGUGCCGGAUAAUAAAAGAAUGAGCUGUAGAAAAUGCAGAAGGACUACAAAUUAUCCAGAGCAAAGCUCUUAUGGCAUUGUUAUGCCUGCAGAUGCAAUCAAAGAUCUGAAGUGUGCUUUUGGGAAUAUAAAGUUUGUGGAUAUCCUAAAGGUGAUACGCAUGGGAUAUAAAAUGGUAUGUGACAGUGAAACAGGAGGUUGCGGAAAGACGAACUAUGUUCAUCACACUAUAAGUAGAUGCCCGCCUAUCUUCACAAUCGUGUUGGAAUGGGAGAAGAGUGCAACUGAAGACGAGAUAUCUGAAACAACAAAGGCUCUGGACUGGGAGAUAGAUAUCAGCAGGCUGUACGAAGAAGGCUUAGAACCAAACACUAACUACCGGCUUGUGUCAAUGGUUGGUUGCAGUGGAGUAGGAGAACACAUAUGCUUGGCUUAUGAAAAGAACCGUGUCAGAAUAUCUGGGAUGUGA